CAGCAUGAUGUCCGGCGGGGCUGCAGACUGCGUACGACAAUGAUAGGAGAGAGAGACGACGGGUAUACUCGCGCGGCACCACCGACACUCGAUGACGUCAUACCACCGGCGGCAACAUGGAGUCCGCUGACUUACGCGCGACAACACGAUACGAACAUCACGACGCGAUCGCGAUGACUACGACGGCACCCGCCGUGCUUCGAACCGCUCGCUACUAGUCACAGCAGUGUUGUGUGCCGCUUAACCUCAAAACGUUAGCGCCCGUAGUCAAGUGAGAGAUCACAGCCAGCCGCAGUAGCGGACGCGCCCCGAGCGCAGCGGCGGCGAGACACAAACCCGAACUGAGACGAAGUCCCGGUCGAACCGCGCCGAGCCGGCCCGAGUCUUCGUUCGUUGAGCAUUUUCAUUAGUCGAAUGCUCACCCCACUAUCGGCCUGCGUACGUUCUGCCACUCUUGCCGUAACGAAAAGUCAUUCCGGCAGCGUGAACGACACGUUACGGAUGUAGUUUUCGUGCUUGUUUAGCUGUGCAAUGUUUUCUAACCUCUUUGCGCUCGUAUGCGAUUCGCCGAUCGAAAGACUCGUUCGAUCUUUUUUGUCUACGAAGCGUUUAUCUCGGUGACGCAAACGGGAUUAUUCGUAUUUUCGGUUUUUUGACUUAUUCCAUCAGUUUCGAUGACGCAGCGAAAAAGGCAUCGAGGCAGUUUACGUAGUAAUUAUCAUCCAAUUAUAAUUGCACAUGUAAUUGAAUGAUAAGCACAUGUUAGACAGCACAUUUUAUAAAUGAUAAAGUUUCUCUGACGUACUUUGAGCUCUAAUAGAGUUAUUCAUAUGUAUAGCGUAUUUCAAGAAUUCUUUGCGAAUAAAUGAAAAUGACUCCAUCACUUUACGUCUCCCGAAUAAAUCAGAUCGAUGCCGCUCAGUUGGAUGCGGAGAUCUACAAGGUGCUGAAGAAUCAAACCAAAGAAAUCGCCAAUUAUGGCGCACCUGGCAAAAUCGACAAGUGGCAAGCAGAAAUAGACGCUCUCCUGAAAUGUUUCAUCUGGAAGUUCUCGUUGCAACAAGGAUCUUCCACGUUCGGCCAGCGACUGCUCAAUCUGCAUUACGCUAACAUCAAUCAGAAGAGAGCUAUACUCUUCUUGAUUCUGAACGUUCUACCUCAAUAUUUAAAGGACAAAUUGGCCAAAGAAAAUUUAUCAGAUCACGGGAUAGUCGUCCAGAAACUAAAAUUGUUCGUCGAUUGGGCAUCAAAUGCGAUCAAUCUCCUGGAGCUCGUCAAUCUGCUGCUAUUUCUUCAUCGAGGUAUACAGUCGCGCGUAAUAGAGCUUCUGCUAGGCUUAUCCACUCAGUCAGUAACGACACAUCGACCCCGAACUAUCGGUUACUCGUACAUGACGAGAGAAUUGUUGUGGCACGGUCUAAUGGAGCUUUUUACCAUCGGCAUACCCAUGGUGAACUUCCACUACCUGAAACAUAUGAUAAUGAGACUGUGGAGGCGAAAUGAGGCAGUAGUGAGGUCAUUUCCAAUAAUGAACGCUGCGACGAAAUGCGCCUACUGCGAGGAGACUCCGAUACUGCCGUCGCACGCCAGUUGCGAACACGUUUUCUGCUACUAUUGUCUGCAAGCACAUUUUACCGCGAUGAGCAUGUUCCUGUGCCCCAGCUGCCACGCGGAGCUCCACGCCGAAGAUAUGAAGAGAUACACAGUCGCGAGUGCAUCUCCGAGUGACGACGAAGAGUCGGACGAUAGUUUCGAAAGAGUGGACAUUGGAUAAUGAACGUAUGUACAAUUUUAAUUUUAUUAAUAACAAAAGUGAAUCGUGACUGAGUGAAAUAAUGAUGGUGAAUGGGACAUAGUGCUUGAACUCUAAAUAUUUAAACUAUAAUUUUGCUAAAAACAAUUUAUAAAUUAAAUAAAAUUAAAUAAAAUUAUUAUUAUGGUGAUUAAAGAAAUUAAACUAAAUUCUGCAAGAGAAGAUUGGCAGCGAUAACUAUAAAGUGACGAACGCAGUAAAAAUGAAAAAUAAUAUUGACAUUCGCAAAAUACAGCGAAUAAACACAUUUUUAUCAUCAGAGAGUUAAAUUCUCUUCUCUCUGAAAGAAAAAUAAAACAUUAAAUUGAUUUGACGAAAAUAUCAGUAUAAAGAUGUGUCCGUGCACAAUAUUACCUUUUUUAUUAAAAAUAGCAAUAUACAAAAUCUUCUUUAUUCUUCAUUUCAAUACAACGAAUCCCGAUUUAGGGCAACUUCGACAUUCUUUUAGCUUUUUUCCUUUUUUUCAGAAACAAACAAUAAUAAUAAUAUAAUAGAUCAAUAUAUACUCUCUUGGCUCUUAUCAAAAUUAGAUUAGAUUAUCAUAUAAAAAUAUUAUGCUGCGCUGUGUAUUAUAAAACGCUUCAUCUGCCACCACGCAGGUUGACGAAUCGAUCAUUUACAUGCGACAAUGACACAUUCAUCGGCUAAUUUAUCGUUUACUUGAUGCACCUGCGUUCGAUGGGCGGGUACGUCCCCGGAUUUAUUGCACGAAACAUAUAUAAGCACUAUAGCACAGAGAAACACGCAAAACAUAUACACAUAAAUUUAACACUUUCCAUCCGCCUCUCCUGCGUUACAAAUUUCACUCAAGUUUAAACUCUUAUCAUUUUUCUUUGGAAUGUACGAUUUAUAUUACAAUUGUAUAGCACGCGCUCUCUUUACCAGUUUGCAGAAAAUUUCUUUCCAAGGAUUCCUAUAUUUUUUUUGAGGUAUCAUCGUUUACAUUUGCACGCCUUUAUUUUACUUUAAUACUAAUCUUACAUUGCAACAAAAAACAUAGAAAAGUUCACCCGAAAAAUAAUAAGAUGUAGGAAACACAUGUAUAAAUUACGCAUUCUUGUGUUUUUUUUACUUUUUAUCGCGUUUUUUUCGUUAUUUAACUUUCUCCUUAAAAUAAAUUCAAAUUUAAAGUUUUGAAUUUAGAGAUUACCGCUAUUAAUUUGUACAUAUUUUUUCGGGCAAA